AUGUCCCACAGCAGGUUGCUGCUCCUCCUUGUCCUCCUCUGUGCUGCCAAGACCAGUCAUGCCCUCAGCUUCUCCAAUGCUGCCUCCAUCUUCAGCUGCCUCAACGCAGCCCUCAGAGAAGCCCAGAAGAACCUCCCAGAGGAUAACUCCAUCGUGGCCAAGCGUGGCCUCGACUCCCCAUUGCCGGAGGAGCUGUCUGAGGAGCAGGAAGGGGAUGAGAUUCUGGAGGAAGAGAUGGGGAAAAGGACAUUCCCAGGGGAAGGCCAUUACAAAUACAUCUCCCAAGCUCAGGUGAAGGGGAAGACCUACCAGAACCGAGCCAAGAGCGAUCGCCGCACCAAGGUCACUCUCUCCCUUGAUGUCCCCACCAACAUCAUGAACAUCCUCUUCAACAUUGCCAAAGCCAAGAACUUGAGGGCAAAGGCUGCUGCCAAUGCCCACCUCAUGGCCCAAAUUGGGAGGAGGAAGUGA